CUCUCUCUUCUCCACCUUUACUACAGAAAUAGCAGCCAAGUUACUCUAAAACGGCAAUCGAAAAAAACAAGGCAUACAAAUUAAAAAGAAAAAAAAUAAAACAACGCAACUCAAGAACCCAGGAAGCACGAAGCCACAAAGCUAAGAAAAAGUGUGAGAGAAAGAGUGAUUUUUAGGGAACCAAAAAUGUUAGGAUCUGUUUUCAAGACGUACCCAGUUGUAGGGCUCGCCGUGCCCGUACCCAGCUUUGGCUCCCGUACCCCGUUAUUAGGAAACGGCCCGGGCAUGUAUUUUUGCCGUACCCGUACCCGUACCCGUGCCCGUACCGUAACCGUCCCCAAGACGUACUCAGUAUGGAAAACGCCACUUAGUUGCGGUCGCCGCGCUUCCGUUAAUUUGGUUGUGUCCACUAAAGGAAAAACAAACACAAGUGUAUGUAGUAGCAGCAAUGACAUUGACGAAGUAAUGUACGGGGCUGAUGAACUCCUCGAGGCGGCCUUAGAAGGCCGGGCAGAAGAUGCUGUGGAAAUCCUGACUAAAGAUCCGACCCUAAUCCAAAUUGGAGAUGCCGCCGGAGACACGGCAUUCCAUGUUGCAGCACGAGCAGGACACGACACGACUAUAUCAAAGAUGAUAGAGUUCCUUGAAAUGAACCAUGGAAAAAUAUCGAGGGAUACAUUGUGCGAAGGGAACGCAGAAGGUGACACGCCCUUGCACUUGGCUCUCAAAAAUGGUCAUAUAGACGCCGCUACUCUUCUAGCUAAGAAGGAGCCGCGCGUCAUAUACAAAUUGAAUAUGGAUCGAGUGUCGCCAUUUGAGCUAGCCCAACGAGCUGGGUUCCAUGACUUGUGCAUCCAAAUGAAGCGUCUGGGUCGGCCUAAGUCACAAUUUCUACGUUCUGAUAUAUAUUUGAAUCUUGUAAGAAUGGGUCUUUCGGAUAAUGACAAUGAUGAAGAGUGGAUUAGACUCUUUAAGGCAGCUGCGAGAGGUAAGCUAAGCGUGAUCGCGCAGAUCUUGGAUGAGGACUUUCAUCUAGACAUAUUGCGGUACAAGGAUACCGCGAAAUGCACUGUGUUACAUAUUGCUGCAUAUUAUGGUCAAACCAAGGCUCUAAUGACGAUUGCCGAAUUAAUGCAAAGCGAAAGUGAUUUUAAGAAAUUGAUGCUUGAGGGUGACCGUUUCGGUAACACCCCUUUGUACUAUGCUAUCGAGGGUGGUCAAGAGAAGACCGCGAUUUACAUGGUUAAGGUAGCACCAAGGGCCACAUACAAAGACAACAACCAAGGAGACUCGCCGCUGUGCCUUGCUGUAAACAAGGGAUACUCGGAUCUGGUUAAGACCAUGACCGCAAAUCAAUCCAUCAAAAAGCAUCUUCUCAGUCAUGCCAAGAACGUUUUUAUUGCACAUACUGCUCUUGAGAAGAGGAACCUUGAUGUAUUGAAAGCAAUCAUGGAGGGCCUUCCGGAGCUCAUCGAUUCGCCGAACAAGAAAGGAUGGAAGCCUCUUUCAUUUGGAGCAUUCAAUGGUUACUUCGACGAAGUCUGCUACAUUGUUCAAGAGUUUCCAGAAUGUGUGAUGAUAAAAGAUGGCGAUGGUACAUAUCCUAUUCAUAAAGCAAUCACUGGAGGACAUGUUAAUGUAAUCGAGAAGCUUAUAUUUUGUUGCCCUGAUGUACUAAAUUGCUUUCAUAAAAAGGGUAACCUACUUAAAUUUGCAAUUUAUUAUAAAAAAAUAAAUGUUGUCUCUUACUUAAAAGAGCUAAAUUAUUAUAGAUGAAAUUGAAUUUAUUAUGUGAAUCGGAGUAUUAUAAUUCAUCGUAGAGAAUUUUGAAGCUAAGAAUAGAUUUAUUUCUUCCCUACGGUGUUAUUUUCAUGAAUGGCAAUGUUCCAUUAAAUAUCAUCCAUAGGACAUAUAUGUCUCUAUUUUCCCAUUUGUUUCUAUUACUUUGGUUAAGAUUGUAGGUUUUCUUGAAGGAAUGAAAGAAUAAAUUUAGUAUUUUAUUUGUUGAU